AUGAACGCUUUGAGCCUUGCUGUCGCCGCCUGCCUGGCCAUGGCCACUUACGCUGAGAUGCAAAAUGUUACUGUUAAGGGAGUAGCCGUCUGUGAUAAGAAGGUUCUUCAUAACGUCCUCGUGGAGUUGUAUGAGAAGGAUACCAUGAAUCCCGACGAUCUCCUCGCCCACAUCCACACCAACGCCAACGGCGAAUUCCAGCUGUAUGGUGAGCACGACGAGGCCGGCUACAUCAGGCCGUACCUCCGUGUCCGACACAACUGCCACGCCAAGCCGAACUGCGCCCGCAUCGCCGAGUACCAGAUCCCGCAGUCGGCCCUUGGAGACGUCUACGACAUGACCUUCUUGACGCUCGACAUCAAGGUGGCGGGAGAGACGGAACUCCUGGAAAAGCAGGCAAAGUUGAUGCUCGUCAAGUUGCCAGUCCGAAUCAGUGACGUCGAGGAGAAGGACUCCAUCCUCCCUCAGUUCCUCCAACGAUUCCUCAAAAUCUUCCGAUUUUUCGACUUCAACGCCGAGACAAAAGCGCAAUUAGAGGAUCCGCCGUAUUUUCGAGCCCCAUAUUCGGCAAAACGGAGAAAACAAUUUCUGCUCGGAAAGCACCCAGAGCAGCUCUUUCCGAACGCCGAAAGGUGUCGAAUGGUGUAUGACUUGUUGAUGAGGGCAAGGUAUGACGCCGCACAAACGUCGAUCGUCGGGAUUCUGGCCAUAUUCUUUGGGCUGGUGACAAUGGCGGGGGAUCCGGUGAGUUCCGAAAUCUGCGAAGGGAAAAUUAACCACAAAAAAGCGUACCUGUGCGAUCAAAAGUCAUUGAAAAGCGGAUGCGACUACGCCAAACUCUCCUACCUAUUCGACAACUGGUCUACCGUAAUCUUUUCCGUCUGUAUGUCGUUAUGGGCUACGCUGUUCUUGGAAGGCUGGAAACGGUACCACUCAGCUGUUGCUCACCGAUGGGGGUUGAUGGAUUUCGUGUGUGAGGAGAAAACCAUCCGCCCUGAUUUCCUCUAUCGUAUCAAAACCCGACGGUACAAUCCUAUAACCCAAAAAGAGGAGCCGUACCUGUCGGUGAAGAAGAAGACUGUCAAUAUAUUGGCCAGUGGGGCUACUGUAUUGUUUUUUAUCUUCCUCGUCGUCGCCUUUGUCUUUGGCAUGAUCGUCUACCGCGUGCUUGUCAGAGGACUAUUAAUGUCGACCGGAGACAGUCAAUACGGUUUUGUGCUCGUCUCCGUCACGGCCGCCACCAUCAACAUGGUCGUCAUCGUCUUGAUGAGUUCGCUCUACAACAAGCUAGCCCACCGUCUUACAGUCUGGGAAUGCCCACGAACACAACACGAUUUCGACAAUCAAUACACCUUUAAGGUCUUCCUCUUCCAAUUUGUCAACUACUACUCGUCCCUGUUCUACAUUGCAUUUUUCAAAUUCGAGCCUCGACCGGACGCGAAAAGCGGAUUGAGCUUCAUGCUAGAAACCUGCAAUUCGACCGGCUGCUUCAUGGAGCUGGUGAUCCAAUUAGCGAUUAUCAUGUGUGGCAAGCAGUUCAUCUCGGCGAUCAUGGAAACGCUGGGACCAAAAAUCGCCAAGGAAAUUCGAAAACGGCGGCUGGCGAGGAAGGGGAAGAAAACGGAUGGCGAUGUUUUGAGCGAGGAAAAAUCGGAAUUACGGUGGGAAUCCGAUUACUACCUAAAGCCGGUAACCGAUCAAUUUUUGUUCGAGGAAUAUUUGGAAAUGGUGCUCCAAUUCGGGUUCGUCACGCUCUUCGUCGCCGCUUUUCCCCUAGCGCCACUUUUUGCGCUUCUCAAUAAUAUUUUGGAAAUUCGAUUGGAUGCUUAUAAGUUUGUCGCCCAAGUCCAGCGCCCACUGCCCGCGCUCGCGAAAAAUAUUGGGAUUUGGCUGCCGAUAUUAGACAAAAUUUCGAAGUUAAGCGUGACUAUUAAUGCUCUCGUCAUCGCCUUUACAUCAGAAUUCAUCCCACGAGCCUACUAUUAUUUUACGCACGACAAAACGCUGAAGGGCUAUGUCGACUUCUCGCUUUCCAAUUAUACCAUCAAAAAUAUGCCCGCUGAGGAGGACCGAAAAUUUUUCCAGGGGAAAAAUGUCACUACUUGCAGUUACCGCGGAUACUACAACGAUCAACUAGAGCACAAUGAGGAUUGGUGGCAUAUUCUGGCUUUUCGGCUGCUUUUCGUGGUUAUUUUUGAGCACCUCGUCUACCUCCUCAAAUUAAUAAUAGCCUAUUUAAUCCCGGAUGUCCCGGCAAAAAUCGUCAUCCAGCAACAACGCGAAAAAUACCUGGCACGCCAGGCGUUGAUCGCCCAGGGGCCGAAUGUG